AUGAAGUCUCUCACCUCAUUUAUGGCCGUCGCUCUAGCUGCGUGCGCCGUCACUGAUGCCCGUGGACUGCACUAUCAAUCCGAAGCUCCAUUGGAUAUCAAGACAACCAGUGGCCACCUGUCAGGCUUCAUCAACCAGACUGCUCCCAAUGUUCGCCAGUUCCUCGGUGUUGCCUACGCCGAACCUCCUCUCGAGUCGCUUCGCUUCCAACCUCCCAAGCGAAAGCACAGCUCAGAGCACGUCUCAGCCAAGAAUUAUGCGCCAUCAUGCAAGCAGAUUAUCAGCAAGAGCCCAACAGUAUACACUGAGCACAUGACUCAGUUUCUUAUCAAUGGUGGCGACUCUGAGGACUGUUUGUAUCUCAAUGUCUACGCCCCAUUGAAGCCAACUGCAACGAAGCUGCCUGUCUUUAUCUAUAUCCCCGGCGGUGGCUUUACAGGUGGUGGCGCAGACUCACUCUACAAGAUUCCCGACAAGUGGAUCCAGAAGACUCAGUCUCACAUCGUUGUCACUAUGAACUAUCGCGUCAAUCUCUUUGGCUUCCCCAACGCUGAAGCUGCACGGCAAAACGUCGGUCUUCUUGACCAGCGCAUGGUUGUUGAAUGGACGCGCGACAACAUCGCAGCCUUCGGCGGUGAUCCUCAAAAGAUGACCCUCUGGGGCCAGUCUGCUGGUGCUGGCUCAGUUGGCAUGUACGGAUACGCUUAUCCCAAGGACCUCAUCGUCAAAGGCUUGAUCUCUGAUUCUGGCGCUCCGGCUAUGCUGGCCAGGGCUUAUGGCAACCACUCUAGCUUCGAUACCCUUGCCGAUAACGUUGGCUGUAAGGGAUUGGAGGGCAAGAAACAAUUGACCUGCAUGCAAAAGGUUGAUGCUUCAAAGUUGCAGAAGGUUUACUCUGAGACACCGACUAUUUCGUUCACUCCCGUGGGUGAUAAUAUCACUGCUUUCUCUAAUACGACUGAUCGACUUGCGAGAGGCUUGGUCACCAGAGUUGUAACUGAGCUUCCCCUUCUCUUCGGAACGCAUUACGAGUAUCGCGGUAACUCCACCGAGUACGAGUGGGAGGCUGCCGAGGGCAUGCAAAGCCUUUGGCUCUCUUUCGCAAACAACCCCAAGAAGAACCCUCAAGCUGGAAACGUUACCUGGCCUUUGUAUAAGCCCAACGAGAACAAUAUGGCUGUUUUUGCAGAGGCUGGAAAGAAGUGGUUCCAGUUGGGCAAAGGCUCUCUGACUGAGACCCAAUGCAAGUAG